UUCGUGGUUGAAAAUUAUUUUGUGACAUUUUUUGAAGUUUAAUGCGAACUGAAUAAAACAAAUGGCAUUUGUAAGUUCUGCUGUUCUGGGCGCGGCCGCCGGAGCUGGACUGGCUCUGUUAGUUGCCGUUACGAUAGUAGUGUAUCGUUAUUAUGUUGUUAGACGCAAGGGAAAAGAAUGGGCUGAGCUAGAUCGGUUGGAAGAACGGAAGGCAGCGAGAAGAAUUAAAUUACGACAAGAGUGCAGCGCUAUCAGAGGUUCCCAUCCUGUGCAACCAGUUUCCAAUAUUCCACCAGUUGGGGUAAUCAUCGAAAGAAAAAGCUCACUGAUAGAUGUGCGCUCAAGUUCUUUACAAACGAUACUCGAUCAGAUACAGUCAUGCUCUGGCCACCAGAAGAAAGCAACAUCUGCUUCAAGGGACAAUAGUUUGGAAAGUGUGCAUUCUCAAGCGUCGACUCGCCGAAAAUUGUCUUAUGAAUUGUCAUCAAAUUCCAAUGCAGAAACUCGCUCGACGGUUUCUGAUAACUUUGUAAUACAGAAAUCUCGAUCGCCCAACCGCAUGAGCACGUACAGUUUGGAAGGUCAUCCCCCUUCGUAUUAUGAAGGAGGAAAAAAUUUAGCCUCUGGAGGUAAACCGAGGCUAACGGGAUCUCUAAAGAAAAGACAAAGUACUGCCUACAAUGCGAGCAUGCCCCGACCGGGAUACUUGAUCGCCUCAGAUAGUCCAAUUAGUUCGAUAAAAUCGGACAGCAAUCGAUCACAGCGGAGACAAGUUCCAGUGAUUAUGGCUGCACAUGACAUAAACACUGUGCUGGGAAGAUUCCAUUUCAAGCUGAAGUAUGCUGUAGACAGGGAAGAAUUGUUGGUGCACCUGGUUGAAGCCCAAGAAUUGAUGCCGCUAUCGGAAAAUGAUUUUCGAGAUCCGUAUGUGAGAAUGUUUAUUAACACUGACGACACAAAUCGGGCACUACAAAUUGCCAUUCAUCGAACUGAAACUCAUCCGUACUUUGAUCAAAGUGUCUCUCUUCCGUUGAGGUCGAAAAAUUUGGUGAAGAGCAAUUUUGUCAUACAGCUUUUGGACUACGACCGUUUUUCGCGUGACGAAGUGAUCGGAGAAAUUCGAUUUCUACUCAACAAAUUGGAUUUGUCUGGAUGUGAAAUAUGGGGUGAUAUGAUUGCUGCUAAACGAUGCACCGUGGAUGCUCCAGAGUUGCUGAUUUCUUUGAGUUACUUACCACAAGCUGAACGACUGACGAUUGUCGUAAUGAAGGCAAAAAAUUUAAACGUGCACGAGCCGUUCGUUAAGCUCUACUUGACAAUAAAUGAUAAGCGCAUAAAGAAGUGCAAAACCAGUGCCAUUCGGGCCGCGGAUCCUGUGAAUCCAAUCUGGAACGAGGCGUUCAUAUUCGAACUCCCUUUUUCUCUAAUUCAGGACACUGGAGUUGAACUGUUCGUAACUUCCAAGGAAAAAAGGCAGCAUGAACCUGGUUGUGCUAUUAGACUACAUGAGACAGGAACGGGUUCACAGCACUGGAAAGAUUUGAUGCAUAACAAUCGUAAACCGAUUGCCAUGUGGCACGUGUUACGAUAAAUGAUCCACUUUUUGAGAAUGUAUACAGCAUAUAUUACCUCUUGUUUAUAGUCUGACACAACCGAGAUAGAGUGCAAGAUUAAUAGUAAUACAUCGGAUGAUGUGAUUGAUACCUCCCAGCCAAGGUUUCAAUCAGCGUUUCUACACAAUUGUUUUGAGUUACAGGAAAAUCUUUAAAGUAAAAGUAAAUGCAAAUUAUUUGUAUUUGGUGAAAGUAAAUUCCGAAGAGAACUGAAUUAUUUGAUAAUGGUUUCUAUCGAGUUUCCUUCUUAAAAUAGCUGUGGAAAGCAUCCAGCAACGUCUGUUCAAGUCAAACUUGGCAUUUUCGAAAUAAAUUUCACACAGAUCAGGUUAUAUGAAAUUCGGUAAUCGGAUUCUCAAACAUUAAAUGAAUAAUGGUCAACACGUUGAAUAGUAGCCAUGUGAUAUUUUGUAUUGAAUGUUGCACAUAACUUUUGCUGACAUCUGCAUGACUAUUUUAUUUUGAGUGGCUACCGUCUUUUAUUGCGGUUGAUGUGUAGUAAUGUUUUGGUUAAUAUAGUAUUACAUGCAUCCUUGAAUAAAAUAUUACGUUGUCGACUGUAGGCUGUAUCCAUUGAAGACCCGUUUUUAUCAGCCCCCGAUGUUAUCAGUUUUUUACCUGAUUUUGUCGACCAGCCAGGGUUGUGAGGCUAUAUCUAAGAAUUAAAUAAGAAUGUUUUGUCAGCUUCUGUUUAUUUAAAACAAAAUUAAUAAAUAUGUUUUGUCACUGUUUUGUCAUCCUAACAUUAACCAUAGGGGCUGAUAGAAACGGGUCUUCGCUGUAAAUGGUUUAAAAAGAUAUCUGUUACCAUGAACCCAAAAAGUUUUAAAUUUAUACUCUUCAUUAGUACUAUCCGAGCGUUUGCUGUAAACAACACAAUGAAAUGUUUCUCGCGGAAAAGGGUCAGAAAUAGCCGAAUUGAUCUGUAGUAGAGAAAAGUAAGCUGCACACCAAAAAUAAACAAAUAAACGACAUGUAAAUCAAUACUAAUGUAAACAUACAUAACUUGAAUCAAAAAUUUGAUUGAAAAUUAAAUAAAAAUCAAUGCAAUUAUUUGAAGCAUCAAAAAGCCUAUGAUUCUACACUACCUUUCGUAAGCUAUUACAUGUCAAAUAUUUUACAACGAUAUUGGAAUAAAAAUAGAUAAAAAUGCGCUGGUUUAUUCCGAUAAUGAAACUGCAAUUUUCAAUGAACCUUCGAUGAAGAUUCAAUGAAAUUUAAGCGACUUGUCGACAAAUCGACAUAAUUGUAAACAAAUAUUGGAUGAAUUUACUUUCAAAUCAAAGGAAAAUCAAUGUACACAAUGAAAGCAUCAAAAAGCAUUAGAGAGCAUU